CUAAUCACCUAAUGCCGAAACGCCAAACCCUGCCGAGCAAGAGGAGGCGUGCGGCGGGCGCAGCGUGCUCCGUGCUUGCCGCGAGCUGGCGCAGACGGCAGCGCAGCGGCGCGGUGAGCGCGGCACAGGCUGCAACGCUGCUGGUUGCAGGGAGGCCAGAGGCAGUCAGGAAGCGCCUCGGCCUUGGCCGCUCGGCAAGCAGGGAAGGACGGUGGCAAGGUGCCUGGUUCCUACUUGGAUUUGGCCAUUUGGGAGCCUCAGAGGCUUUGAUGGUUGCUUGACAAGGAUGAAAUGGCCUCCCGUUCAAAGUUAUCUGGUAUUCAGAGGCAGGUAUUGGCAUUGUACAGAGGAUUCCUGCGGACAGCAAGGCUCAAGUCUCCAGAGGAGCGCCACAGAAUUGAGUCUGUUGUCUCAGCAGAGUUCCGUGAGAAUGCAAGAAACAUUGAUCGGAAGAACUUUGUGUACAUUGAAUACUUGCUGAGAAGAGGGAAGAAACAGCUUGAGCAGCUCAAGGACCCUGAUAUUACUGGACUAUCAACCCUUGAAAUUAAUAAGGCUUCUUCUUUGCACUAGCAAAGUGUAAACCAUGUGUUUGGUGUUUGCACAAGGAGGAAAUGAAAUAGGAAUGUAUUUCUUUUGAUGGUAUGCAAGGAACAUAAUGAUCAUCAUGUAUCAAAACUCUUUAUGCAGCAACUUUCUGGAGUUCGUUCAUUUGGCUAUGUGAAUUCUAGAUGGAUUUCCUUGGCACCUAAUUUUAUUAUGAAUCAGACAUAUGAUUCAUGUAUGGAAAAUUUUUUAUGACAUCAAGAGUAAUAGAGCCAGAGUUCGCUGUGUGGGCGUGCAUGUG